CCUGGAGCCGCGCUCGCCUGGAGGGGGGAGACGUGAGGGUCCCCCCCUCGGUAUCUUCUUUGCCAAGGGAAAAGAAGACAUUCUGGUGGUGGACGGUUUGUAUCUGUGUGUUUCCCCCGAUUGGUACAAUCGCCACCGCUUCUGUUAAGCCACCUUCCUGCAGUAGCAAAAGAAGAUCCUGAAAUCUGGUUUUUGUUUGUUUUUGCCAAUUCCCCACCACCAACCCCAAGACCACUGCUGAGGGUGGGGCGUCCCAGGAAAAGUGAGGAGCCUCCCCCCCCCCCUCCAGGCGACACACACAACUCUUCUGCCCCAUUUUUCCAGCUGCUUCAUUCUUGCGAUCUCUCCGUAUCUUUAGAGUUACAAGCAUUCUUCGUCCCUGGAGGAAGUGAACCACCAACUAAACAACCACUGAAGAUAAAGGGGGUGGGGGUUAAGAGAAAGAAAGCACCGCCACCCACUUUAAAUCUGGGCAUGGUGGCAGCAUGAUGGGUUUCUCCUUGGGACCCUGCCAGGAGCCCAGUUCCCCUAGAAGGAUGCUAAGCCCGCUGGAAGAAGCUUCGUGAGACCACCGAGCGCUGAAAUGAGACCACCAAGCGAAGAGAGCGCUUCCCUGCCCUCCUGCGUCCUCUAUCCAGCCCUCUCUGUUUUAACUAAACGGAAAAAAAACUUGGUGGGACCUUAAAAAGGCGCUCUCCUCCUGGCCCCCACCCAGGGUUCCGCUGGCAUCCACGCGCUCCUCCGCCCAAUCUCGUUUGGGUGAUGGAUGAGUUCCAUCCAUUCAUUGAGGCACUGCUCCCUCAUGUCCGGGCCUUUGCUUAUACCUGGUUCAACCUUCAAGCCCGAAAACGCAAAUAUUUCAAGAAGCAUGAGAAGCGGAUGACGAAGGACGAGGAGCGGGCCGUCAAGGACGAGCUUCUGAACGAGAAGCCGGAGGUGAAGCAGAAGUGGGCCUCCCGCUUGCUGGCCAAGCUGCGCAAGGACAUUCGGCCCGAGUACCGAGAGGACUUCGUGCUCUCCAUCACAGGAAAGAAGCCCUUCUGCUGUGUCCUCUCCAACCCCGACCAGAAGGGCAAGAUGCGCCGGAUCGACUGCCUGCGCCAGGCGGACAAGGUCUGGCGCCUCGACCUGGUCAUGGUCAUCCUUUUCAAGGGGAUCCCCUUGGAGAGCACAGACGGGGAGCGCCUCGUCAAAGCUGCGCAGUGCACCAACCCAGUCCUCUGCGUCCAACCUCAUCAUAUCAGUGUGUCCGUCAAGGAGCUCGACCUCUACCUGGCAUAUUUUGUCCGUGAGAGAGAGUCAGACCAGGGCAGCAGUCCGAGGACGGGAAUCAGUUCUGACCAGGAGGACAGCAAACCCAUCAUCACGCUGGAUGCGACAGAUUUCCAAGAGAACUUUGUCACUUCGGGUGUGUUCAGUGUCACAGAGCUUAUCCAAGUUUCCCGGACACCCGUGGUGACAGGCACGGGGCCAAACUUCUCCUUGGGGGAACUGCAGGGACAUUUAGCCUACGACCUGAACCCCUCAAGCACAGGGAUGAGACGGACCCUUCCAAGCACCUCCUCCAGUGGGAAUAAGCGGCAUAAGUCUGGUUCCAUGGAGGACGAGCUGGACACCAGUCCAGGGGGUGAAUAUUAUACAUCGCCAAGCUCUCCCACAAGCAGCAGCCGGAACUGGACAGAAGAUAUGGAAGGGGGCAUCUCUCCAACGGUGAAAAAGACAGAAAUGGACAAGUCUCCUUUCAACAGCCCAUCUCCACAGGACACUUCGCCCCGGCUGACCAGCUUCACCCAGCAUCACCGUCCUGUUAUUGCUGUCCACAGCGGUAUCACCCGAAGCCCGCACCCCUCUUCUGCGCUUCACUUCCCCACCACCUCAAUCCUGCCCCAGACAGCUUCCACCUACUUCCCGCACACAGCCAUACGGUAUCCGCCUCACCUGAAUCCGCAGGACCCUUUGAAAGAUCUCGUCUCAUUGGCCUGUGACCCGUCCAAUCAGCAGCCAGGACCGUUAAAUGGAGGUGGUCAAGUGAAGUUACCUGGUCAUUACCUUCCCACCCAGAUGUUGGCACCGGCGCCGCCGGGGAUGCCUCGCCUGGCAAUCUCACCUGACACCAAAUCUACCACGACAACUUCAGAGGGAGGGACCACUACGCCGACGUCUCCCACCUACUCCGCCCCCGGCACACCCCCUGCGAACCGCUUCGUGGGACUAGGACCCCGGGACCCCGGCAGUAUCUAUCAGGCACAGUCCUGGUAUCUAGGUUAGUUGAAGCUUCCAUCUGCAUUGUCAUUUUUCUUCCCUCCUUCUGGACUUCGGGCUUACUCUGAGGAGAUGGCGCAGUCCUCCACCCCUGGCCCAAACCUUGGUGACAGCAUAAAGAGAGCGAGAGAGACUUCGGAGAAUGAGCGAAAGAGGGGGCUGGCUCGAACUUUUGAAGAUGAAAAAACAAGACAACCUGGACCCACCAACCCAAAACAGCCUCUUUCCCCCUGCUGAGCAAACCCAGCGUGGCUUUCCAAGGAAGAUGGGUCCUGCCUCCAUAGAGCAACCACCUUCUCAAAACGGAUGAAUAUGAAAGUUUCUGAUUGCUUGUCCAUCUCUUG